GUGAGAUAACUAUAUUUUUUCUCAUUCUAACUUAUCGCACCAGUUUAGCAGUGUAGCUAGAAGGGACAGAUCCUUUGGCAGAAGAUGCCGAACGAAGAUGCAUUGCGCCUCGUUAGACCUUUCUUACAUUCUAUCGGAGUAUGAAAAAAUUAACGGUGUUUUAUACAAACCGAUCAACUCGACACAACGAAUAAAGUACACAUGUUUCAACAUUUCCCUGAAUUAUAUUAUACUUGGCUCAACCAGUGGCAGUUUAUACCUAUUCUCCAAGGAAACAUGUGUGUUUCUGCAAAUAAUACCUCUGUCGGAAGGGGCGGUUUCACAUGUGACGAUAUCACCUGAUGAGAAAACUAUAGUCUUGACAACAACUCGCGACACUGUAUGUCUAGUCUCUUUAAAGCCUACUCCACGACUAAUAGCUGUGCUUACGGAGCAUAUGUAUAAACAAAUUACCUGUCUCUGCUGGAAUAAAAACAGCACCGAAGUGUACAUUGGAGAUGCAGUCGGUAGGAUCUCUGUCAUGGUGUUAUCCAUAUUUACAGUGAAUGGUAUGUUUCAAACUCGAGUCUACACUCUAAUGAAUCUAGACUCCAGUGUCGUGCAGCUGAGCUUCUGCUCGUCUCUACUGCUCGUCUCCACGUUGACGCGCUGUUACAUUUGCGACACGGUACGAGAGCAGUACAAACAAAUAGGUAACAAAGCACGCAACGGCGAAUUCGGCGCAUGCUUCUACGAAGCGCAUACGAACGAAAGCGGCAUCACUCCGGACGACGAGACGACGGAGGCGGGAAACAUCGGCAAGUCGCGCGGCGCGUUUAAUCUGAUCUCUGACAACGACAGCAAUAUCUCGUGCGAGAAUUGUCUGAAGAUCUUUUGCGCACGGCCCGGCUCGCGGUUGUGGGAGGUAUCUGCCGACGGGGUGGUCGUGAAGACGCAUCAGUUGAAAGAGGCGCUGGCCGUGCCGCCGACAGCGAUCUAUCGGCCGGCCGCUGAUUCGGCAUCUAGUCAGCAGGUAGAGGAGAAGGAACAAGCAGAGAGGACAGAGCGGCGCGAGUGGCUGGCGCAGUCCGUCAACUUCUCGCGCCUCUUUGUGAUCGCGCGCAAGUACUUACUUUCUCACACCUCGAACAGUCUGUACGUCAUCGACCCGGCGAGCGCGAAUGUGCUGCUGUGGAGCAACGAGUUCGCAAGCAUCAGCAUGACAGCGGUUGCGGAUGACAAGAUAUACCUCAUGACCGGUGACGGCGAGUUCCAUUGCCUGACAUUGUCGUCGCUCAGCGCGCUGUUAUUACGUCUGUAUCGUCACGAGGAAUAUCGCGAGUGUCUGCGCGCAUGUGACCUUUACAGAGAUUACUUGUCGAAGACGACCGCCAAGAGGGAGAUGGUCGAGCUGCUCGAAUUGGACAAUUUACCACGUCGACGGACCGCCGACACGUCGCGAGAGAAGGAGGAGGAGGAAACGCUGACGCUGACGCUGCGGCUGCGGUUGCGGCCGUUAAUAACGCUUCUACGGUCCAACGGUAGCGGCGAUAGACGCCUGACGCCCGUCAAACUGGACUCCGGUAUCGUGGUCGUGCAUCCCGAGAACGACAGGCUCGCCGCGGACAGAAACAUCGGCCAGCGAUGCGAGACGACGUUCGCGACGGCGUCGCGUUCUUCCGAAACCUCCAGCGAGGAAUCGUCCGCGAUGCAAACACCGGAGACUACGGCGAGCGAGCUCGAUGAAAAUGUCGCGCAGGGGGCUACCGACUCCGAUUACGACGACGCGGAAACGUUGGAUUGUCAAAGAUCCGACCCGCGAGGAAACACCACGCACAGGGUGCAAUCGGACUUGGAGUCGGUCUACACUCUGGCGAGCAGCAUUAGAAUCGACUUGUCCGAGAGGGACGUCGAGGAAAUCGUCUCGAGCAUCGACAGGAGGAUGAGAGCGAUCGGGGAGUCGUACAAGGACUCGCCCGGACUCGAGGCUUUCCUCUACGAGGUUACACGCGCCGCGGAAUUGCAUUGCCACAACUCCUUCCUGGAGAACACCUCCGUGCAGCUGCUGCGUACCACUGGCAGCGAACACAUCGUACGACAAUUCGUCCGGGCGUUCACCGACGUCAAUGCGUCGAGUUACGGUAGAUGCGGCUGCGGCUAUCCCAGCCCGAUGGAGCAGAGUGCCGCGGAGCCGAAAUUCCUGGCCGUCGGCCAAUCGUUGAUCGCGAGAUUCGCCAACGACAAAGCGGAGGAGUGCGGCUACAUCUGCGACAAGGUACCGUACAUGUGGCGCGAAUACCUGGCCGCUCGCGUCGAGCGACGUGACAUCCUGGACGAUGUGUUGAGACAGUGCCUUCAGACCAGAGACAACGUCGUGUUGUCGCUGUUGCUACCGGCGCUGAACGAGCAACAGUGGAGCUGCGUGGACGCUUGUAUAAGUGAGAUGGAGAAUGGCACUUGCUUGUUCUGCGCAACACCCUUGGCCAAGAAGCCCGAUCGCGCCCGAUCGUUGGAUUGGAGCGGGAUAGCCCGGGGGGUCAUGGAAAGAGAAGGACCGGACAAAGCUGUGACGUUUCUGUUCAAGUUGCAGAACAUGAUGCCGGACAUCACGUUGGACAAAACCAUAUUCCAAUCGAUUGUAUUUACAAAAAUUCUCCAUCACCACGGCCUGAGAAAGUCGAUUGACUUCGGUAAAAGUAAUCAGCUAUCGGCGGAAUUUGGUACAAUGUGCUCGUUGCAGGUACGUGAGCAAUUGGCGAAAGCUAUCGAGAAAGAUACACGGCGACCGGUAAAUGUGAACAUGUUCGGCACAGGCGCUCAUCACUGGGGUAUGCGUCAUCAGACUAAAUCAUUGGCGUGCCCGUGCUGCACAUUGUCUCUGCAAACACCGAUUCUGUUAGGUAACAAAGGAGUCGCGAUCUUCCGUUGCGGUCAUGCCUACCAUGUAAAUUGUAUGAUAGAGAGAAAGCUCACUAGAUGUAAUCUUCACCAGUAAAUAUUGUAAAUACGAGUUAAUAAAAGGUACUUUGCGCGGUGUAACGCAACGCUACACGUAGCUGAACGUAUCA